GUACGGAGGUUAGAUCCAGCUGUUGCACUUGCGCGCAUCGUUACCUUUAAGAUGGUCGUGAAUAACGCCUUGAAUUAGCUAAAGCUGACACCAUUUUAGCCAAGAGUUUGCUACGUCCGAUGCCAGACCGGGUGACCAGUCGCGUGAUAAUAGAUAAGUGAUUUUUCGUCUUUAGAGCGAAGUGAGGACAUAAACUGCCGUGGCGAUACUAUAAAUGUCGGUUUUCAUUUUCUGUCGGCCUACCGAGAAGUGGCGGCGGCGGCGGGGGCGAGAGGGACGGCACGAGACGAGACGGGGUCCGCGAGGAGGGUGCAUACACAAAAUACUUUCCCUUUAAAGCAGAGAGGGACAGAGGGGGUGAAGAAGAGAUAAAAAAAGAAAAGGAAGAAAGACAGAGAGGGAGGGAGGGCGAGAGGGAGUGAGGGAGAGAGAGGGAGAGAAUUUGAAAAAAAGAGAAAGAUGUCAUCCUGUCGAUUGAAACACCGAGGCGGAGCCAUGGACCGCGGCCGACCAGGAGCUCACUAGUUAGGGGACGUUCCUUACGCAACGCCGAGGCUUGGGACUCGACGCUGCGGCCUUUAUUGGAGCUAUCGCAAAUAAAUGCCUCUUGAGCAGCUGCUGACUAUGAUUAGCACGCUUCGACUACUCAUCUUCUGUAAAGAAGUAAUUUAUAUUUUGCAUGCAGUUCACGAAUUUUUGUUACAGUAGACAUAAGCAAAUGAUAUUAAAAUGCACCAUUAAAGCAAGCAUGAUACCAACCAUUUUGUCGCAUUUACAAAAUCAUCUUGACAGUGCCUGUAUAUUGCCAACAGAUUGCCACGAUAAUUCAUAACUCAUAGCAACCUAAUAACCAUUUAAUGUCAGUGGAUUUGGGCUAACUACCGUCCGAUGUAAUCAUAGAUUUCCAUGAAUUAAACCGGGCAGGCAGCUGCGAUACAGGCCUCAGGUUGUGUUUUCACAGCAGCAGUUGGAGCAUUUCUUGUUGGGCUUCGUUGCCCUCCUCCCUCCCCUCUUUGCUCCCAGGCUGGUUAGCUUUCACUCCCUGAAGUGUUCAGGAUGGAUACCUCCUGGAGUAAUUUCCUCUUUCAGACGCCGUCGACUCAGAGCCAGCCUGAGACGCCUCUGCAGUCAGAACUGCUGCCUGAGCUGACGGGCGCCGCUCAGAGUCCUCCAGCAGAACACAUUGUGACGCCGCCGUCUACGGUCGACACUGCUGCCCUGAGCGAGGAGCCUCUACCUGUCAAACCGCUCACCAAGCCGAGUCGGCCGGCCCAUAUCUGCGCCACCUGCAACAAGGAGUUCAAGAACAGCUACAACCUGCGACGGCACCAGUCGGUACACACGGGCAUAAAGAUGAAGGACCGAGCUGCCCGAGAGAAGGAGGAAGCGGGGAAGGUGGCGCGGGUGGAGAAGCAGACCAUUCCUCUCUCCCUCCUCCAACUCACUCUGCCCCCCCAGCCUGCCACUCUCCCUCCCCCUCCCCCUACCACCACCAUUGCCCCAGACACCCUCCCCCAGCCUGGCCAGCACGCUAACCAAGAGGGCCAGCCGGUUACUGUGUCCAUUGCCCCAGCAACUGUCACCAUGGCUGCGCAGCCUCAACCCAUCCAGGCACAUGUUGUUGUCGUGGGCUCCAUGGAGCAGGUGAACCCAAACCCUAGCCCCAGCCCCAACACAAACCAGGUGAGGAAGAACCACGCAUGUGAAGCCUGUGGGAAGGCCUUCAGAGACGUCUACCACCUCAACCGUCAUCGUCUGUCACACUCAGAUGAGAAACCGUACUCCUGCCCCAUCUGCCAGCAGCGCUUCAAGAGGAAAGACAGGAUGAGCUAUCACGUGCGCUCACAUCAAGGCGGCGUGGAGAAACCUUACAUUUGUCCUCACUGCGCCAAGGCCUUCUCCAGACCAGACCACCUCAACAGCCAUGUUCGACAGGUGCACUCUACAGAGAGACCAUUCAAGUGCACGACAUGCACGUCAGCGUUUGCCACCAAGGACCGUCUCCGCGCCCACCUGAUCCGGCACGAGGAGAAGGUACCGUGUCACAUCUGUGGGAAGCUGCUGUCCGCUGCAUACAUCACCGACCACAUGAGGGUCCACAACCAGUCGCAGCACCAUCAAUGCCAUCUCUGCAAUCGCAGCUUCACCACCCUCACCUACUUGCGGGUCCAUGCGCAGAAGCACCACGGCCAGGAGUGGAAAGAAAGCGGCGGGGCACGGGGGGGUUUUGGUGGGACUGGGCCUGGUGGGGUGCUACACUGCCAGCUGUGUGGGGUGCAGUGCAAAACAGCCACACAGCUCCAGGGUCACAUGGGCACACACGCCAACCAGGGUGACCCUAACCCUGACCCAACAAGUGCAGGCCCAGUGGGCACCACCAGUGUGGCUGUUACUGUGUCCAGCCCUAGCACAGUGGGACUGCUGGUAACUGACUGCUCCAGUAUUGCCCCCCAGCCUCACAGCUAGCACGCUGGGAGGGUCAGGGGUUGGGGGGGCUGGGGAUGGUAGUAGAGGAAUUGGUUAAAAUAAGGACUCAUGGAGGAGAGGACAGAGGAACAGUUUCCGAUCCAGACUGCUAGAAGUGAAGACGGAGCUUCAGAAGCUACCUUGGACAUUGUCUUUCCUCCCUGGCCUGGCUCAUGGUUUCAUGAGGCCUUUCUGGACCUUUUGUCUGUUUCUGUGAAGCCCAGCUCCGUCACCGAUGUAAAACAGCUCACCUACUGCGAACAAUGACACCCACUCUUAACUGUUCAUGUUAUACAGUCUAACAAGUCAGAUGCCAGAGAAGAGACUGCAGAUGAAAUUAAUGGGAAACCUCUGCUCAUUCAUCAGAAAGGAAGAUAAUGUGUAUUUUUAUUAAUAUGGCUUAGCAAUUACCUGUUUCUAUUUGCCACGAUGUCAUUGUUUUGAUUUCAACUAACUUUGCACAGCCUUUCAUGAUUUGUAAAGCUGUUGCCAUUUAUGAUCAUUUAUACUCCAUCAUAUCAGUGUUUGGUUUUAAUGAGGACAGAAACUCCUCAGCUAUACGUUAACAUGAUUUAUCUCAGACCCCUCCUAAUUUAUGACAAAACAGUCUCCAGUUUGCCUUUGUCAGAUUCUCCAGAGAAGGGAAGCCUACUAACAGAUCAUGGGAACAACUGUUAAAGAUGGGCCAUCAUGUAUAUACUUUAAUGCAGCUGAUAAAGGCAAACUAAUACUUGUAAGUGUAUAUUCCCCAUGAACAUUGAAUGUGCAUAACUUUCUCUGCUUCAUAUGAUCUUUGCUCUUACCGGUACUCUGGAUGCUGAUUUGUAAUUCUUUAAAAGGUAAAUUGCCAUGUUAUUUGUAGCUACUUUGGUGACACAUUUUCUGUGGCUGUGCCUAUUGAUUGUACUCGAUGCAUAGUGCAUAGCGCCUCGUUACUACUGUAUUAAAAAGCAGUAAAAUGCA